AACCGGAAGUGUGUUUUAUUGUGAAGGUCUGUAGCGGAAGUGGUCCCUCUGUUUAUCUCAGUUCCUCCGCAGCUGUCCCUCAGACUCCCCCCGCCAUGGCCUCCUCUCCGCGGCCUGCUCUCCUCCUGCUCCUCCUCGGCCUUUCCUGGGCCUCCUGCCGGCUCCACAUCCCUCCUCAUGACCAGGUGGCCCGGGUGGCCCGCUUCAUCGCCCACCAGUGCGACUGGGCCUCCAUGGCCACUAUCUCCACCCACGCGCCGGUGGCGGGGCAGCCGUUCUCCAACGUGUUCUCUGUGAGCGACGGGCCCCCCGGCAGCAGCUCCGGGGUCCCCUACAUGUACCUGACCCACAUGGAGGUGUCUGUCCAGGACCUGCAGGUCCACCCCCAGGCGUCCCUGUCCAUGUCUCUGGCUCAGACUGACUACUGCAGGCUGCAGGGCUUCGACCCUCAGAGUCCGCUCUGCGCUCACAUCAUCCUGUCUGGAUCCGUGGUCCAGGUGAACGGGACGGAGGCGGACUAUGCGAAGAAGGCUCUGUUCAGCCGACACCCGGAGAUGAUCGACUGGCCCACAGACCACAGCUGGUUCUUCGCCAAGUUCAACAUCACCCAGGUCUGGGUUCUGGAUUACUUCGGAGGGGUGAAGACCGUCAGUCCUGACGAGUACUUCCAGGCUGCGCCGCACAGGAAGCACCACUGAAGGAACCUUUGACCUGACCGAUGAAGAUGGAGCGAUGAUGAUGAUGAUCUUUCCUCAGGGACUGGAAGCUCUAAUGUUCUCUGCUCUGCAUCCAAUCAGCUCCCUGCUCUGAUUUCUGCUUCCUGUUCAGAUUAUUGAUUCAUUUCCAGGUUAAUCCAGAUUAAAACAUCAAAAUAAUAUUGAAUUAUCUACAUCUCCAAUCAAAGUCAUUAUAAAUAUUUAGAUUGAUUAAAUAAUAACCUGAUCUCCCCUUUUUACCAGGAUGCCUGUAGGGCACCAGUUUAGGGCCACUGGGAAAAGUUUUAGUUCAGUUUAAUGUGGA